GAGGGUUCAUCGCUUUGCUCGUAGCAUCGCUUGCCCGUUGCGACCUGUCUCCGCCCGAUUUCAAAGUUUCCAAGAGACUCGCGCUCUCUGCCGAUGAAGCGAGCAAGGUUUGAGGGCGGCUCGGACAAAAGCCCGUCCCAGGAUGCCGCCGCUCACCAGCCAAAGAUAUCCCGCAAGAUUCGCGCCUGCCAAGCAUGUCAACACCGCAAAGUAAAGUGCGAUCUUGACGGGACGCAGGACAAAUGUCAGCGCUGCACCCGUCUAGGACUCGACUGCGUCGUCAACAAGAGCCUGCAGACGCUCCUGGACGGCGAGAAUGAGUGGAAGGUGGAAAUGGAAGCCAAGGUCGAGGCUCUCCAAGCCGCCCUCGCCGAAGUCCAAAGCAUCCUCAACAUUGCCAACAAUGCACACACCCCCUCGUCACAAUACGGAACGGCAGCAUCAGCCUAUCAGCAGCAUCCUGCUCAUGUAGGACAGACGCUGCAGAAACCUACAGCCUCUGUGCCGCCCCUCUCUCAGCUCCAGCAGCAUCAGCAACACCAACAACAGCACCAACCUCAGCAGCAGCAGUCUCGGCCCAGCUUCUCUGAUAGCCACUCUGCUAUCGACGUCAAGCCCAGUCUAUCGGCCGCGGCCACGCCCAACGGUCCGUCCCCGAGCCGCCCCCGAAUCACGACAGCCAUGACACGAGAAAACUCCAUCGAAGCCGAGAACCACGAGCCGUACGACGAGGCCAUUGUCAACGCCCCCAUGGCCAGCCUCUUUGAAGUGACCAAGCUGCGCAACAUUCGCAGCGAUCCUGGCGCACACAUCCAUCGACCGUCGAGCCGGCAGACAGAGCCCGACUUUAUAUCACAGGGCCGCAUCAGUGUGGAAGAGGCCGAGGCGCUGUUUGCUAGCUUCCGUGGCACGCUUAAUGCCUAUCUAUGGGGAGGUAUUGCCCUCGUGCACGAGACGCUUGACUCUGUGCGUGCAUCGUCGACACUGCUCACAUCGGCCAUUCUAGCCGUCACGGCGCUGCAUGCGCAGGAUGAAGGACGCUCAUACGACGUCUGCUACCCAAUCUUCCUAGAGCUCGUCAGCCAGACCAUGUUUGACCGUUAUCACACGCUUGAUGACGUGCGGGCCUUGUGUAUUGGUGCAUUCUGGCUGUCCGAUGUUAGCUGGAAGCUGUCCGGUUUGGCGGUGCGCAUUGCGACUGAGCUUAACUUGCAUCAGGCCUGUGCCAAAGCUCUCCACGACGGAACCAGCUACGCCCAAGAAGCCCGACUCUGGUACUUUCUCUACGUCUGUGACCACCACUUUAGCAUUGCGUAUGGUCGACCACCCGUCAUCAACGAGAAUCCGACCAUUACAUGCCACGAGCACUUUUUACAGCGACCCGAUUGCACACAGGCGGAUUUGCGUCUGCACAGCCAAGUCGGCAUCUUUAUUAUUCUUAGCCGCGUCUUCCAUACCUUUGGUCCGGAUCGAUCACGGAUGAUUGGAAGUGACGAAUUUGAGACUCUUCGACGGUUUGACGCCGACAUGGGCUACUGGCGGGACCGCUGGAAGACCCGUCUUGAACCCAACCCAUACAUUUCAGAAUACCCAGCCAAGGGCGUCACACUACACUACCAUUUUGCACGGCUGCUCCUCUUUUCCAUCUGCUUGCGGGGUCUACAGCCAAGUGGACAGGCUUCCAUGUCUCCUGAGCGGCGCCAAUUUGUCAACAUGGCGAUUGCCAGCGCUGCUGCUGCACUGGACCUUAUUUUGAAUGAUACUGAUAUGCGCCGUGCUGUCAUUGGAGUGCCACUGUACUUGCUGACGACCAUGGCAUAUGCCUGUCUGUUUCUCAUGAAAUGCCAGUCGCAGUGGAAGUCAGCCAACCUCAACAUCCACCACGGCGAUGUAGUAGCGUUGAUCGAAUCGACGGUCCAGCUGCUGGAGGACACACGCUCUUGUGUUCGACACGUCGCCCAUUACCUUGGUCGGGGUCUUCGCGGAAUGCUAGAGAAGCUCAAGGAGCAUAACGAUGCGGAACGCCAGCAGCUACAGCAGAUGCAGCAGCAGCAACAUCAACAGGCGUUUGACGACAAGUCUGGCGGUGCAGCGAUGCAAUCGGCUAAUAUCUGGGCCCAGGGACAGGGCCAAGCGUGGCCAGACUGGAACUCGUGGAUGUUUGGCACCAAUGGGAUGCCGCAGUACACGUUGGCGCCUGAGUACAACUUUCUGGGGGCGCUUAAUUCGCAGCUGCCUGAAUGAGUGAUUGCUGGUGGAUAGACAAGAUGGCGAGAACGAGCGAUG